AUGGCUGAGGCAGAAGAGAUGGGUAGCAGAGAAAGUAGAUGGAGUCUUCAUGGAAUGACAGCUCUUGUCACCGGCAGAACAAAAGGAAUAGGGUUCCAUGCUAUUGUGGAGGAACUUGCAGGCUUAGGGGCGACUGUACAUACAUGCUCUCAAAACGAGGCGAACCUGAAUGAAUGUUUAAGUGAGUGGAGAAAGAAGGGCUUCCAAGUCACGGGUUCAGUGUACGAUGCAUCUUCUCCAGCUGAACGAGAGAAGCUAAUAACCACUGUCUCCUCCAUCUUUAAUGGAAAACUCAACAUCCUUAUUAACAAUGUCAGGACAAACAUACUGAAACCGACCACAGAGUACACAGCUGAAGAUUUCUCGUUUAUCAUGGCCACGAAUUUUGAAUCUACUUAAUUACCAUUGGAGCCAACUUUCACAUCCUCUUCUAAAAGCUUCAUCAGCAGGAAGCAUUGUAUUUGUGUCUUCAA